GGGGUUCUGGCGUGCAGGGCGCGGGGCUAAGGCCGGAGCGGUGGAGAGCAGGAGGGCGAGAGUGGGAUGGCCCCGGCCGUCAUCUCAGGAUCAGAGAACGGGAGUCAACUGGCGAGAGAAGGCAAACCACGGUGAUGCUACAGGCAGGAGGCGGAAGAGAGGACUGUAGUGCGGGACCCGGGCUGCAGUCUUACCCAUGGCGGAUUCACCCAGGGAUACAUCCAGGAGCCACCGUAAAGCCCAGUUUACACACGUCAGUUAAACGCCUUCGGCACAGGAGUCAUCCCACGGUAUUUCUGACAGCGGUGACAUCUUAGAGGAAGAAGUGCCCUGCACGCAUCGGAGUGAUCGACAUUCGAUACCAUGUAUUGUUGGCAAUAUUCAAGGGCUAGUCAUGCCACUUUCUUCCUUCCGCUUGGGCAUUUUGGAUGAUUGCUGGUGUCCCUUUAUAGUCAGGUCUGCCUGGUUUUGCCUGCUAAUAACAUCUUCGUCACGAAGAGGUCCACACCAGGGUUAUUUAAAUACUUAAAACGAGGAACAAUUAAACCCUGGGCUGAAACAUUAGUCUAGUGGGAGGGAUAGGGUUACUUCCUUCAGUAACACACUCAUCUACCCUCUCAGGUGAAGACCGUCUCUCAGAGGCUCAGGGACGUGGUUGUAAACACCGGCCGUGGACGCAGGCGCUGAGGGAGGACCGGGGGAUGGACUUGGGAUCUUGAAAUGGUGGGUUUUGAAGAGCCGACCUCGGGCCAGAGGGUCAUCGAGUGCCCGGAAGAUGUCAACAGCCCCCGCUGCGGCUCAGACGCCUGGGGGGUGACCCGCACCCACUAGGAUGCCCGGAUGGUUCAAGAAGGUGUGGUACGGGCUGGCGUCUCUACUCAGCUUCUCCUCCUUCAUCCUCAUCAUCGUUGCUCUGGUGCUGCCCCACUGGCUGAGCGGGAAGAUCCUUUGUCAGACGGGAGUGGACCUGGUCAACGCCACCGACCCAGAGCUGGUCAAAUUCAUUGGGGACAUUUACUACGGGCUCUUCCGAGGGUGCAAGGUGCGGCAGUGCGGGCUCGGGGGCCGCGAGUCCCAAUUCACGAUCUUCCCACAGCUGGUGAAGGAGCUCAACGCGGGCCUGCACGUGAUGAUCCUGCUGCUCCUCUUCCUGGCCUUGGCCCUGGCUCUGGUCAGCAUGGGCUUUGCCAUUCUCAACAUGAUCCAGGUUCCCUACAAGGCGGUCAAUGGCCCCGGGGGCAUCUGCCUUUGGAACAUCCUGGCAGGUGGCGUCGUGGCCUUGGCCAUCACCAGCUUCAUGGCCGCCGUGAGAUUCCACGACCUGACGGAACGCAUCGCCAACUUCCAGGAGAGGCUCUUCCGCUUCGUGGUGGUGGAAGAGCAGUACGAAGAGUCCUUCUGGAUCUGCGUGGCCAGCGCCUCCGCCCACGCUGCCAACUUGGUGGUGGUGGCCAUCAGUCAGAUUCCCCUCCCAGAGAUUAAGACCAAAAUAGAAGAGGCCACAGUCACGGCCGAGGAUAUCUUGUAUUAAUAGCCUUCUCCUGGCCGCACCCUCUCCUCAGUCAGUCUGGUGCAGGGAUGGAGGCCUCAUCUUUGUUGCAGGCUUCGCCAUCCAGAAUGUCCAUGAUUUUGGCAACGAGAAGAAGGCGAUGGGAGGAGGGAGGCUGGUACCUAGGCCAGAAGAGGAAAACGUUCCCGGAUUCCUGGCAGCUCUGUCCUUCUCUCUCAAUGACCUUGGACUUGAACUUGAAAACUUUGCAUUUGCCAGCUGUGUGACAUUGGACAAUUCAUUUCACGUCUACUUCUCAGUUCCCUCAUCUGUAAAAUGGGGAUAAGAAUGACCUCACCUGAUGUAAUGGGGUAUAAUGUUGCCAGGCUUUGGAUAUUUUAGAGCAUUUCACGAAUAUAAGACACUGAACACUCUAACAGAUGCCUGUAGACCCUGGUCUAUUCCAUGCAUUAUGGCGGGGGGGAGGUUUGUUGCUGUCCCUGCCCUCCAGAAACACUGGAUCUUUCCACCUGACACAGGAACCAGAGAGAAACAAUAGCAUUAAGAAUGAAAAUAACUGCCUUUUCUUAGUGAUUACUACAUGUGGAAAAUUAUUCUUAGAGUUUUAGGUACAUUAGGUUCCCACUACAACCAUAGAUUGUCAGUACAACUUUGUAUUUCCAUUUUUAUAGAUGAGACUAAGGCACGGAGAGCUUGGGUAACUUGUGAGGUCGGGACUUGAACCCUGGGAGCUGGAGCCGGGUUUGCAUUCGGAACCACUUCGCUAGGCUGUCGUCUGACGUGUAAGCAAUUGCAGCGCAGUGUGUGUGACCAGUGCUGUCACAGCACAGACAUAGAGGGUCGAGGACGGAACGAGUUCCUCGGGAAGGGAGGAAGGGAUGUGGGAUUAAAGGAAGUGUCACACCGGAGACAUUGGAUCUGAACUCUGAAAGGUGAGCAGAGUUUUUCCAGUGUUGAAGGAAGCAGGGCUGGGCAAAGGCAUUCCAGGAUGUGUCCGUGAUGAGGGGAGGCACAAGGUAUGAAAUUACAAGGGGAACGAAUUCACCGGUUGGAUAAACCCAGCUGUUUUGUGUUGGGUUUGGGCUUUCCUACAUGGUAUUGUGAUGGUUAAUUUUAUGCGUUGACUUAGCCAGGCCACAGGACCCAGAUGUUUGCUCAAACACUAUUCUAGAUGUCUUUGUGAAGGUAUUUCUGGGGUGGGAUUUACAGUUAAAUUAGUAGACUUCGAAUAAAGCAGAUUGCUCUCCAUGUGUGGGUGGGCCUCAUCCAAUCAGUUGAAGGCCUUAAGGAAAAAGACUUUCCAGUCCCAAGGGAGAGGGAAUUCUGCCAACAAUCGCCAUCAGACUUAAAAUGCACAUCUUUCCUGGAACCAGCUCACCUCACAGAUUUUGGUCUUGCCAGUCUCCACAAUCAUGUGAGCCAAUUUCUUAAAAUCUCUCUCUCUCUCUCUCUCUCUCUCUCUCUCUCUCUCUCUCUAUAUAUAUAUAUAUAUAUAUAUAUAUGCACAUACAUUCUAUUGGUUCUUGUCUUCUGGAGAACCCUCACUCAUUCAAUCGUAUUAAUUUAUUAAUUCCUGGGGUGGAUCUUUUCCCAGGUCUCCUGUCUUCAUGCCAAGUAAAAGUUAUCUAAUCCCCCAAAUUAGCUCCUUCUUACAUGACACCUGAUUUGGACUCUCUCUGCCUUUGCUUAAUGCGAAGUGUCCAUGGCAUUGUUCUGUUCUAAUUGCUUAUGACCCCCUAUGGGGCCCAUCUGUCUCUUCCAGCCCUCAAUCCCCAUCCCAGACACAGCUGCAGUCCUAGUUAGUGGACUGAUGUCACUCAUCAAAUAUGCAGAUGGCACACGGCUGGAGUGGAUAGUUAACUCGAUAGGUGAUGAAUCCAAAAGAUAGUGGCAGACUGCAGUGCUGUCUCAAAACACAUGGAAAUGUCAAUGUCCUACUAAGUUUAACGUACAGUCCUGCUGACAGUUGAAAACAAUCAAUAACAUAAAUCCGGGACACUCAGGCAACAGGUUAUAAUGAUCUGUACUCUCUCUAAACUGUAGUGGUGUAAGUGCUAUAGACAACAUUUUUAUUUGACUUUGAUACUGAACUAUGCAAUUGGAUUAAAUGGAAAAAAACCCACCCAUGUAAACAUAUAAUAAAUUGAAAUUUUAUUAGAAGGCUGAAAAUGAAUGAUUUCACGUGGACACAAAAAGAGUAGUGAUAGAUCAGGUCCUAUUAUCAUGUGCCUGAAUGUAAGAGAAAAUAGAUGGUGAAUGGUAUUUUUUAAAAAGUCAGAUGCCAAGUUCAAAGAUGUAUAA